CACUGAUAUUUGACAACGAUAGGGUUAGUUGUCAAUUUGUUAUCUGAAUCAUCAGUAAGCAAUUCAGUUUUUUUGACCGCUGUUUCAAAACAAUGAAAUAAUACCCAUUUGUCUGCGUUGUUCGAGGCGAAGAGUGGUAUUUGUUUUGACUAAAUUACUACUAUUUCCUGUAAAUUUUUUUUUAUAACUAUACGAAGUUUGUAACCACAAUCGCACUGAACAAUCUCAUUCGUGUCUUCUCCAUUCUACGUGACAUUGGCGAAAUCAUCUGUGCUAUCUUAGCACAAUUGGAAGCCAUUAUACUAAAGGAAUGAAUGAAGUUACCUGUUAAAACAAACAAUCCUCAUAUUGUUAAUUUUAUAAGCUCUAAUUAUAUAACUAACUUUUAGCAAUAGCUAGCUAUACCUAUACUAUGCCACAGAUAUUUCAAGUGUUGAGAUGUUAUAAAUGUGCAGUAUUUCAGGUGCAUCAAACUAGAAAAGACAAUAAAUGGGUAUGUAAGCUUUGUGGAGAGAAACAGUCCAUUAAAAGGCACUAUGGGUUAGGAACUAGUAAAGAAUGCAGAAUUCAUGUUCAAAAAUUAAAUAAAAUGAGAGGAGAAAAAGAAGAAAUAUUAAAGAACAGAAAUGAUUCUGAUGAUAGUGAAUAUGAUGAAAAUCUAGAUAAUAAUAUGAGAUCUAAUAAUGAUGAGAAAAUAAUUACACCUCAAAAUGUUAGCAAAGAAAGCAAGUGGUCGGUAUAUGUUGAUAAAGCUGAGGAAACUCAUGAAAUUGGUCAGACAGAAUAUCUCAAUGGUAAGGAAGUAUUACUAGAAAUACCACAAAAAAGAAAAGCUAAAAGAAAAUAUCACCAGGUGAAAGGCUUAGAAGAUUCAGUUAAUAGUAAUGAUGUUUGUGAAUUGAAUAUGGACAGUCACUUAGGAAAUGAAAUUAAUUUAAUAGCUGAUACAAAUGUUGGUAAUUCUACAGCAAAAAGUUUUGCGCCAAAAAACCAAGAAUCUUUUAAGUCAAAUCUUCACACUAAAUCUCAAAAUAAUACUAAUGUAAUAAAGCAGCAUAAAAGACAACACAUUGAACCAGAAAAAAUAAAGAAAGACUCCAAAUGGGCACAGUUUAUUGAUAGUGAUGAUUUAGAGGAAAAUGAGAACAGUAUGAAAAAAAAAUGUAAUAAAAACAUAUUUGACUUGUGUGAUGAUAGUGAAAUAGAUACAAUAUUGGAUUUUUAACAUACUAUAUAAAAAUUAAACAAUGUAAAAGUU